UCGGUGGUGUGUGGUGGAGUCUCUGUUGUCUCUGGUUGUUUUGUUCUGUUGUGUUGUGAUUAUGACCAGGAAACUUGAGCUUUUCCCAUCAUCAUCAUCAACGAAUGCUUAGCAUUGUUUUGUUGAAUACACCUCGCCGGCAUAUAGUAGAUCAGUUAAACUAGAGGCGGCUAGUAAGAUAGACGCGCGUAUUUUCGAUGUAUCGUUAUUUCGCCAUCAAUUCCAACGGUAUUUAGUCUUAAAGUUCCGAAGACUCCAUCAGAUGGCUUUAAGUUGUAAGGGUGGGUCGUUCUUCUAUACCUAGUGUAUCAUCUAGUGGUGAGAAUUAUAGAGCUAACGCGUCGUCAUUAUAUCGUGCGACCUCGUCGAAGUUGUAUCACUUCUUUUCGCUUAAUUGCUAGAGCUCCCAAAUCAUUGUCUGGUCACAAGACCAAGUGUUUACACCUUGAAGACCUCUCGUGAAAAUAAAAUUUAAGUUUGUGCGUGCAAAGCUGAUAAACGAGUAUUGAGGAGCGACGACUUUUUGUCUAACAGUAGUGUCUUGCCAGGGUGUAACGCCUCCGCCAAUAUCGAGAAGAUUAAUUUGUCGAGUCCACCCACCUCUCGCAAUCUCUCUUAUGAUGCUCAACAAAAAAUUUAUAUAAGAGUGUUGACAGUGAUUUUAUUUAUAUCCUGACCUGGCAAACCUUUUUUGAUUGAUUUAAAUCGAAUUGAGAGGAAUUCUUCUUUGAUUGAUUUUAUUUUCAUCUUCGUUUGUUUUGCCAGAACAAAAUAAACGAAAUUAAACAAAAAAAAAAAAAAAAUAUUUGAUUUGAAGUUAUUGUUGUUUGGUUUAUAAAAAGAUACAAACGGAUUUUCGGUGAUUUAUCAUUUUAAGUGAGGGCAUACAUUUUGAGUCCGCGGCUUGUUUUUCGCGGUCAUGCAUGACUUGAAUGUGGUAAUUAUUGAGGAACGUGUCGAUCGUGUUAAUAAACAAUUGAUCUUGUACUCAAGAAGGCGUACAAUUCGCAUACAAGGGGAUCCCGCAAAGCCUGUCGAUUAUUCGCAUAUUAAAGUGACAACAAUAAAUUGCAAGGACGACGACGAGAAAGAUAGUGGUGGUGAUAGGAGUUAUUUGAUAAGAAUCAAAGCCUAUCGUGGAGGUGGAAGAAGUGAUGAAAAUAAGAAGAAAGAUUUAAUUAAGUCAAAAAGUAUUUAACAGUGAUUGAUAAGAAAAAAUAAACAAAAUAAAUAAAGAAGCAAUAAAGAUAAAAAAAAAUAAUAAUUUUUGCAAUUUAAAACUUUUUAAUAGUUUUUAUUUUUUUAAUUAUAAAUAAGUGCUUAAUAUAAAACACAACACAUUGCGCGCACUGCUUCAAUAAAUUCUAUUGUGUGAUUAAAUUUAUAUUUUAGAAAAAAAAAAAAAACACACAGACACAUUUUUGUAGUAGAAAGUUAUAAUUUAAUUCAUUUUUCUAUUAAAAUUCAUUCUGGUGUUGUUGCUGUUUAAAAAACCAAAACGUUUGGUAAUCUAAAGUACGUCAUGGAAGUUGCUGCAGCUCAACACAUUCAAGCCCCACAAGCUGAUGGGAUUUUAAUCAAACCACCAAAUAAAACGCAAAAAUUACAAAAAGCAUACAGCCAAAUGGAGAAGACGAACUCUGGUGUGGCCGGAAUUCAUAGAUCUCCAAAACGUGACGGAAUGAUGAGGGCCAAGAGUGACGAUUCCUACGGAAGCACGCAAUCCUUGGAAACAGCCGAUAAGGUAAAAGAGCACCACCACCAUCACAGAGAGAAGGCGAGACACUAUGACGAUACCAGUGAGAAGGACGAACAAAAUUUCGGUAGUGUCGGAAUGACUAUUAGUGCCCUUGGUGCAAAACGGGCUUCGGAUUUCCGUGCCAAAUUCCGUAAGAGUCAUACGUGUGGUAGUUUGUUUGCUAAGUGUAGUUGUAGUCCACCAGUGUCUCCGGGUGGUGUUGGUCUAAAUUUACAACUUACCCCAAUGAUGGACAGUGGCGGCUGCGUUGGUAUUGGUAAUGAUGGAAAAGACGAAACAGACACAAAGCUUUUUCACAACUAUAGCCAUUCAACGUCAUCAACAGUAUCUACCCCAAACACAAACACAUCGACAACUGGUAUGUCGCAUGACAGCAGUAUUGAUGGGGGACCAUCAUCACAGCUCUCAAUAGAGAAUGCCACAACAAGUCCCGUCCGCGAAAUCAGUUGCAGUCCGAGUCAGCUACAAUUUGAACGUGUACCGAGAGUCGCGUCGCCGACUGUCCCCAACAAAACUCCACGUAAAAUUAAACGUCUUUACCAGUCAUUCUCACAUCCCGAUACAGCAUAUAUUUUUACUGACGAAAACAAGAAUCCAGUCAGAGAUCGCCUUAGUUUUCGGUACAACGCUCAUCCUCCGAUAACCGCACGAGGUGGUCGAGUCGAGAUUAAGCAUCCAAAGAGGUCGUCAUCACCGAAUAUUGGACAGUUCCAGGUUCUGGAUGUCGCAGUGCAUCCGGAUAUUUUAGUGAAAGUCUCGCCAAAGCAUUCUCCCAAUGAAGUGAGAAAAUCACGAGACGAUAAACCUUUGACACCAAUUUCAGCUCGAAGUCUUCAGCAACGUCGGAGACUUCUCAAACGCAGUGAAGAACACGAAUCUGGCUCUACAUCAGAUUCAGAGACUUAUGCUGAGCUUCGUCGAUCUCCAGUCAAGCAUAUUGAUGUGAAGAGUCCACUUUCUCCACCCAGCCCGGCACCAUUGGUGUCAAAGAAGGACGACGAAAAUUUCACAGCAGCUCAGAAAUAUUUUCUAGAAUCGGGUAUUCUAGGUCCUGUCACACAGACUCCCGCUUCAUCGAAUCUCAUUCGGAAGACUUCAAAAAUUCUUCAAGACUCAAAUACUAUUGAACUUAUUCGUAAAAAUUCUAUGAAUUAUCGUUCUCGAAGCUCAACAAUAUCUUCACCAACACCUCUAAAAGCAAAUAGUGGGGGAAGUGGUGGUGGUACUGAGGAUUGCGAAUCUCCUUCUCCAUCUCAAGCACUUUCACCCGUCACACCUCCACCAAAGCCUAGAUUCUAUUUGGAAUAUGAUCUAAGGUCAGCAAUGGAGGAUCAAGAUGAAGAAAUUAAAUAUUUAAAGGGGGAGAUAGCAUCUCUGAAUGCCGUCCUCAAAUGUCGAGAUUCAGAGAUAAUGAAACUGAGGAGAGAAGUUCACAAGUUGAAGAGCGUUCUUCAGCAAACCACAACGCCGAUCCCAUUGAAAAACGAUGAACUUUUGCAAAGUCUUCAGACAAAUCGUGGCAUGGCUGGCCAACAACAACAACAACAGCAGCAAUGCCCUGAAGUUACCAGCACCAUUGAUCGGUGUUCACCUGAAACUAUUCCAGACACAGCUCCAACAGCUGUAUCCAAUUACAAUGGCAACAGUAGCAGCGCACGAAACUCUGUCAGCCAGGCCACCUAUGCAACCUGUGCACUGUCUGCUGAAGGUGAGGACAAGGCUAAGCCAAUGGUUUUUAACAAAAACCAUCAUACAACCUCGGCACCAGUGCUCAAGAAGCAGGGUGUGUCUGGCGAGAGUUGUGAUUCGUCAAGUGUUCAACAGUCAAUAAAUGUUCCUAUUCCAAAGUUUGAUAAAGAUUACAGUUCGAAACAACUUAUCAAAGAUGCCAUAAUGGACAAUGAUUUCCUCAAGAACAUCGAUUCAUCACAAGUUCGUGAAUUGGUUGAAUCUAUGUACAAUCUUGAAGUAGCUGAGGGUGAAUAUGUGAUAAGAGAAGGUGAAGCUGGCGCUCACUUAUACGUCUCCGCUGAAGGAGAAUUUGAGGUUGUGAAGGGCGAAAAUGUUUUGGGAGUUAUGGGGCCGGGUAAAGCAUUCGGAGAAUUGGCGAUACUCUAUAAUUGUACUAGAACUGCAUCAAUUCGAGUACUCUCGAAUGCCAGAGUCUGGGUUUUGGAUCGACGGGUAUUCCAACAGAUUAUGAUGCGAACAGGAAUGCAGAGAAUCGAAAAUAGUGUAAACUUUUUGAAAUCAGUUCCUUUACUUAAGAAUCUCAGUAAUGAUGUAUUGGCGAAGAUUGCCGAUGUUCUUGAAGUGGAAUUCUAUCCAGCGGGAACAUAUAUUAUCCGUCAAGGAGCCAGUGGUGAUACAUUUUUCCUCAUUAGUCAAGGUAGUGUUCAGGUAACACAGAAAUUUGGGCCUUCGAACAGUGAGAAAAAUAUUCGAACUUUGCAACGAGGGGAUUACUUUGGAGAGCAGGCUUUAAUCAAUGAAGAUAAGAGAACUGCUAAUAUCAUAGCAAAAUCGCCUGGAGUUGAGUGCCUGACUUUGGAUAGGGAGUCUUUUACGCACCUCAUUGGAGAUCUUUGUGAGCUAAAGGAGAAGAAUUAUGGUGAUGAGAACCGCGUUCUUUCUAUGAAAUAUGAACAGAGCAAGGAAAUCUUUGGCGCUAAUGUCAAACAAGAAUUUCCUGACAUGAAGCUUUCUGAUUUAGAGGUUGUUGCAACUUUAGGAAUCGGUGGUUUUGGACGUGUUGAACUUGUCAAAGCCUAUCGUGAUAACUGCGUUGAAACGUUUGCCUUGAAAUGCCUUAAAAAGAAGCACAUACUCGAUACCCGCCAAGAGGAGCACGUCUUCUCGGAGCGGACUAUUAUGCUUACCUGCAAUACACCUUUCAUUUGCCGCUUAUACCGGACAUUCCGGGAUGAGAAAUACCUUUAUAUGUUACUCGAAUCUUGCAUGGGUGGUGAGGUGUGGACUAUGUUGCGUGAUCGUGGGUCUUUCGAUGAGAAUGCAACACAAUUCAUCAUUGGAUGUGUGUUGCAGGCUUUUGAGUAUUUACACUCGAGGGGUAUAAUAUAUCGAGAUCUGAAGCCAGAGAAUUUGAUGCUCGAUGAGAAGGGUUAUGUUAAAUUGGUCGAUUUCGGAUUUGCCAAACACAUUGGUAAUAGCAGUAAGACUUGGACAUUCUGUGGCACUCCAGAAUAUGUUGCGCCAGAAAUAAUACUAAACAGGGGUCAUGAUAGGGCAGUGGAUUACUGGGCGUUAGGAAUACUCAUUCAUGAGCUUCUUAAUGGAACUCCUCCAUUUACCGCUAAUGACCCCAUGAAGACAUAUAAUAUAAUUUUAAAAGGAAUCGAUAUGAUUGACUUCCCAAAACACAUGUCCCGUUCGGCGAUACAACUAAUAAAGAAACUUUGUCGUGAUGUACCUGCUGAACGAUUAGGCUAUCAAAAAGGUGGAAUUCAAGAUAUCAAGAAGCACAAAUGGUUCCUUGGAUUUGAUUGGGAUGGUUUAGCUAGUCAAUUGCUUAUUCCGCCUUUUGUUAGACCAGUAAGUCAUCCAACAGAUACAAUUUAUUUUGAUAAGUUCCCAAUGGAUCCAGAAGAGCCGCCUGAUGAGAACUCCGGAUGGGAUGCAGAUUUUUAGCACCGUAGAAAUUUAGUUAAAGAACCAAGUUGCCUUAGCUCUUACACAAUAAUAAUAAUAAUAACUAAGUUCCUUCCAAAAGAACUUUGUACGAAAAAAAAAAACAAAUACAAAAAAGCUCAAUAUAUUUUUAUUUAUAUACAAAAAAA